AUUAAAAAGCUCAACCUGCUUCAUUAAACACAAUUCCCAGGUCAAGCUUGGGGGCUAUGAUCCGGCCGUUGCAAAUCCAACAUCAUAAACUCGGCAUUAUCAUUCAUAACUCGGCAUUAUUCACGUUAUUAUUCAGAAAGCUGGCGUUAUAGCUUGGCAUUACAGUUAUUAAUCGGCAAUCAAUGAUCAUAACUCGGCAAUCUGCAUAACAACUCUGCCGUUACACGUUACAAUUUCAACAAGGUAACGCCCAACCAAAACAUCAUCAUUAAGAACCCAAUAACUGCCUUUUAAGUCGGAUGACCAACAAAGGUAUAACGGACCAAUAGUACUCCACCUAUAAGAGGUAUGACAUCUUAUUGAUACUACCCCGAAUAACGUUCAAAUGUCGUUUUCCACUUCUCAUAAAAUAAAUAAACAAAAAAAUGUGAUUUUUAAAUUAUAAAUAUUAAUAAAGUCUAGUAUACUUUAUAUGUACAUUGCAUAGUAGCCAGCUAAGCAUCAACCCCUACAGCCCAAACUCGAAGAAUGGCUUCCACUGGCAAAACCUAUGACAAUAAUAAUGUUCAUAAUCAAAACCAAGUUGUUGUUGUGAUGAUACCUUUCCCAGCACAAGGCCACCUCAACCAGCUUCUCCAUCUCUCACGCCUAAUCAUAUCACACAACAUACCCGUCCACUACGUUGGAACAAAAUCACACAACCGCCAAGCCACACUUCGUGUUCAAGGUUGGGAACCAACCUCCAUUUCCAAACUCCAUUUCCAUGACUUUGAAGUCCCUCCUUUUCCUUCUCCUCCUCCAAACCCUAACCAACAAAGCAUGUUCCCAUCUCACAUAAUUCCUUCCUUUUACGCUUCCUCAAAUCUUCGUGAGCCUGUGGCAUCACUUCUUCGAUCCCUUUCGUGUCUGCACGAAAGGGUGGUAGUGAUCCACGACUCGCUAAUGUCGUCUGUGGCACAAGAUGCCUCGGAUAUACCAAACGCAGAGAACUACACUUUUCAGAGUGUCUCUGCGUUUUGCUUUGCAUUGUACCUUGUGCUGGAUCUCAUGCAAAACAAUAAUCCGAAUAUUGAAAGUUUUGGUGUUCAUAUUACCGAAGCUGCUUCUUUAGAAGGAUGCUUCCCGGAAGAAAUAAUGGACUUCAUUACAGAACAAGUCAAAUUCUUUGCAUUGAGUAAUGGGUUCAUCCACAACACAAGCAGAGCCAUUGAAGGUCCUUAUAUGGAGAUGAUAGAACAGUUCCCUGGCAUCAACAAAAAUAUUAAGCAUUUUGCUCUGGGGCCAUUCAACCCUUUAUUCCCCAGCAAGAAAAGUUGCAAGGAAAAGGACAUCAUAAUUGAGUGGCUUGAUAAGCAAGAACCAAAUUCAGUUAUAUACAUCUCUUUUGGGACAACAACAUCAUUGACGGAGCAACAAAUCAAAGAGAUUGCAACUGGGUUGGAACAGAGCAAGAAGAAGUUCAUAUGGGUGCUGAGAGAUGCAGACAAAGGGAACAUUUUCGAUGGCCAAGUCAGGAGAUACAUUCUCCCUGACGGAUUUGAAGAGAGAAUUGAAGGGAUGGGGUUGGUUAUAAGAGAUUGGGCUCCACAAUUGGAGAUUCUAAGGCACAAUUCAACCGGAGGAUUUAUGAGUCACUGUGGAUGGAACUCUUCCAUGGAGAGCAUAACAAUGGGGGUGCCAAUUGCGGCAUGGCCUAUGCACUCUGACCAACCAAGGAACAUGGUUUUGAUAACCCAAGUGUUGAAGAUUGGUUUGGUUGUUAAGGAUUGGGCCAAAAGGGAUGAGUUGGUUACUGCUUCCGAGGUUGAGAAUGCUGUGAGAACUUUGAUGGCAUCAAAGGAAGGUGAUGAGAUGAGAAAGACGGCAUUGAAGCUGAGAGAUGCCGUUCUUGAAUCCAUGGAUGAAGGUGGGGUUUCAAGACGGGAAAUGGAUUCCUUCAUUGCUCAUAUCUCCAGAUAACAUGAAUCUUUUUACCAUUUAAAUUUUCUAAAGCUUAUAUUUGUCAUCAUUUAACAUGUAAACUUAUAUCAAUUAUCUCUCAUAUUUCUAUGGCUAAGUUUUUUAGAAAUGGAUGAAACGUAUCUACAAUCUACUGUUAUGGAUAACAAUUUUGUGUACACUCUUAUAAUACAGUAAAGCACACCCUCUUCAAUACUAAAAUAUAUCUACCGACAAUUAUAUUCAGAUUCACACGUGGAUUUUUUUUGUUUACUUAGAGAAUAAGGGCUUUAAUUUCAUGCAAGAUAAGGCAAUUUAUUCGAAAAAUAUGAAACCAUAGUUGUAAAAACUAAAUUGAAUUUCGGUUGAAUUGAGAAAUUAAUAAAUCAGACUCUAAUCCGAUUCAAUCCAAAACCAAGACCGUUUCAAGAUAAAAAUCGUUGAGAAUCAACCAAACCGAACUGCAUCAAAAACUAGUGCUAUCUGCUGUAGUCGAGCAUUGUAAAAAUACCUCGCCAACUUUCUCUCUCCAUACGCGCGGCCCCUCGAUCCUUCUUCUAACACUAUAAAGUAUAAACAUUCUUUAUUUCUUUACAUCAGCCGGUGUAGACCUUUAAAAAAAAAAGCAUGACUUCAAGAAAAGUACCUGGGAGUAGGACAAAGAAAUAACAAUUAUUGUAUUACAAAAUCCAAAAAGGAAAAAUCGACCCCCACUAGCUACUUGCUUUGAUCUCUACCAAACAUGGCUUUAACUUAUCCCAUUUACUUCCUUGCAACUAUCUUUCAGUCACUAUCUGAACUGAGCUCACCAAUAACUGCUCGCCACGUGUACACACUUGCCCCGUCUUCAUAUGAACCUGACUUGUCCCCACCGGUACCCUGGUCCCCACCGUCUUCGUCCUCCUCU